AUUCACCUUUGCUUCCUCUACAUUGGAAAGUCACCUUCCAUCUUCACUCUCUUUUCUUUGUUUGUAAUCUCCCGGCGAAGGCUUCUCAUAGACAACGAAGGCCGCAAAUCGUGCUUUCCACCGCUAUUAGAUUUUUCAAAAGUACCUAGGUCAUCUCGCAUAGACACCUCAACUCCGAAUCUCGCAAACGUCCUGCCGUGUCCUCCUUGUCGAGGUUUACCCUUGGGUCCGCCACAAUGAAGAUCUUCGCGUCGUCAUACACCUUCGACUACUCUUGGGAAGAGGUCAGCACCAACAACUGGCGGAAAUACUGCCCUUGGAACGACAAGGCUUCUCACGUGCUCGCCGUUGACACGAUAUCCCGCCAUGUCGACGCCGACACCGGUAUCCUCCGCACCGAACGUCUCAUUACCUGCAAGCAGAACGCACCGCAAUGGAUUCUGACAAUCCUUGGAGGUGACACGACCAGCUAUGUGUACGAGGUCUCUUACGUCGAUCCUAAGGCGAAAAAGGUCACCAUGUGCAGCACCAACAUGACAUGGUCCAACCUGUUGGAGUGCCGAGAAACCGUGGUAUACCAACCUGCGUCGCACGAGCCACAUGCGAAGACCGAAUUCAAGCAGGAGGCCAAGAUUGUGGCCAUGUGCGGUGGGUGGCAAAAGAUCCGUACCAAGAUCGAAGAAGCGAGCAUAGAGCGGUUCCGAGAAAACGCAGCCCGUGGACGAGAGGGCUUCGAAAUGGUGCUGGAAAUGUCUCGGAGGGCAUUCGGUGAAGAGCGAGAGAAGAUGAAGAUGGCACAAUAGGUAGCCGUACACACGGCGUGCCUUAUUUCCCUUUACGUUUGUCACUUAUUCCGGCAUGCGGCAUCACGUCGAUUCCUGACGCAUUUCACGAUAUACACGGUUAUGGAUUAGCGACAACUUAGACCGGCGCUUUAGACGACGGCAACGCCAUUGAUUAGACUUCUGCGCCUGCACAGGUCUUGGUGGGCGUUGGCAUGGCAAAAAGAAUGGGACUUCGAGCGGUUUGUAUAUUCAGCGCGGCGUUUGGGCAAGGCUUUAUUUGAUUGCGGGCAUGUUUCACCAUCAGCGUGGCGUAUCUAUUUGAAAGCAUUGAAGAUCAAGACGAUAGACGGCUCUAGAUGGGGCUUGGGAAGAGAACAAAGAACUUAUCAACCUCAUGGUUUGUGGUAUAAGAUAAUCUUUACUCCCUGAACAAGUGCAUUCAUUACAGAAUUCAUUUCAAUGCAAGUUUUCCUGUGCGUUUUGCCUUUUCUGGCCGGCCACAAACACCGAAUGAGUUUGCAACAUUGUGAUUUCUCAUGGUCUCUUUUAUGGGGAUGUUGCGGUAGAAUCAAGUUGCAGUAGUGGAGGUGAGAGUCAGGAAUGUGGAAUGCAUACUGGCGCAGUCCUGCCGUCAGCGUAUCUUGUGCUGCAGGCCACUCUUGAUUGCGCAUUCUCUAACAGCUGUUUCUGAGGCAGUAAAUCCAUGGCUCUCAAAAGAAGUGC